AUGGAGAAUGCGGCACGGAAGAACCAAGAGUUUCCAGUUUUCCUGCUGUCUGUACGGAUAAUAAAAGCCAUUAAUAUAUCUUCUAGAGAUUCAUUGUCUGCAUCUGAUUGUUAUGUGACCUUGAGUCUGAUGACAGCAUUGAAAGAGCAAUUCAGAACCCAAACCAUCAAAAACUGUGACACUCCAGUCUGGAAUGAGAUUUUCUACUUUAGAAUUCAACCUACGAUCAAGAAUGUCUUAAGGUUGGAGGUCUGUGAUGAUGAUCCAUUCACCGACGAUGAGUCAAUAUUUAUUGUUUAUUAUGACUUAACAAAAGUCCAGCCUGGAGGAACAGUCUUUGAAUUGUUCUGCUUAAGACCAAAGAAAGAAGACUCUGUUUGUAAUCAUGAAUGUCUGGAAGUGGAAUUCAAGUUGGCAGCAACUCCAGGACCUCCUGAGCAUCUGGUUUCCAAUGGAGUUCUGGUGGCCCGUGAACUUUCCAUCUUGGAAGUAAAAGUGGACAGGGUUGAGAAUGAGAAGCUUUUGAAAGCCAAGAAAAAUGUGGUAAUUACAGUACACGAAUCUUAUGAAGGAACACAGAAGACAACCAGUGAUUUACACUGUUUCCGAUUCCACUGCAUAAAGAACUGGGAACCUGUAUUAAAAGCCAAGCUUCAGAGUGUUGAAUCUACAGGGGACAAUGAUUCGAAUUACCUUUUAAUUCUACCCUUGAAAUGCCUUCCUGUGGGACAAAAAGUUGAAAUAGAUCUACCAACUGAGAAGGGUGAGACUUUGGAAUUGCAACUCCAGGUAAUUGACUGGACUCAGAAUCUUGAUGUGCGUUUGGGAUACGAGUUAUGUGGUGAGGAGCAGGAUUUCCUGCACAAAAGGAAGAAGGUGGUUGCACAUGCCUUGAGUAAGCUUUUUUACCUGAGAAGAAAUCUACUUGAGCAUGAGGUCCCUGUGGUAGCUGUUAUGGCAACAGGAGGUGGAGUCAGAGCGAUGGUAGCAUUGUAUGGCCAUCUGUUAGCACUCCAGAAGUUAAGGAUUUUAGAUUGUGUUACCUAUAUCUCCUCUGCUUCUGGCUCAACUUGGACCUUAACGGACUUGUAUCAACAUCCUGACUGGUCACAAAAAACUUUAGAACAGUUAAUCAACGUAGCUAAGAACAGGAUCUUGAGGAGCAAAUGGGAUGUAAUUUCCAUGGACCGGCUGAAAUAUUAUCACAAGGAGUUGACUGAACGUAUUAAGAAGGGGCACCUCAUAUCGUUUACAUCUCUCUGGGGCCUUGUUCAAGCCGCUUUCUUAAAUGAGAAACCAAAUGACAGCAAACUUACAGAACAACGUAAGGCUUUGAAUGAAGGGCAGAACCCUUUGCCUAUCUACGCAGCCAUAAAUGUCAAAGAAAAAAACAUCACCACCUUUGACUUCAGAGAAUGGAUAGAGUUCAAUCCUUAUGAAGUGGGGUUCCAGAAAUACGGUGCCUACAUUCGUGCAGAAGAUUUUGAUAGUCAGUUUUUCAUGGGAAAGCUGGUAAAGAGGUUCCCAGAGUCCCGGAUUUGUUUUCUGGAAGGUAUCUGGACUAAUAUUUUCUCACGGAAUUUGCUGGAUGGUUUGUACUGGUCCUCAACAACAGAAGAAUUUUGGGAGCGAUGGGUCAAAGACAUGACAGAAAAAGAUGAAGAAAUUAGUUUAGAAGAUGGAUACACAACUGUCUACAAGCCUCCCUGCUCUACCUCUGGGAAACUCUGUGAAAUCUUCAAUGAUAUUUUAGCUGAUCGUCCUUUAAAAGGGGCAAGCCUCAACUUCCUGGAAGGCCUUGAAUUUGAUAAUGACUAUUUGCACCAGAAAAAAUUUAUUGAAUGGAAAGAUACCGUGUUAGACGGAUCCCCAGACAAGCUGACGCCAGUGGAGAAAUCCCUCUGCUUAAUAGAUAUAGGCUAUUUUCUUAACAACAGUGCGCCACCAGUUCUCAAGCCAGAGAGGAAUGUAGAUGUCAUCAUCGCAGUGGAUUAUGAUUGUUUCAAUAUCUUCAAGCAAGCAGAGAUGUUGGCAAAAUACUGUGAAGUGCAAGGAAUCCCUUUCCCCAAAAUUAACAUGACUGAGGAAGACAGGAAGAAUCCCAAGGAAUGUUACAUGUUCUCAGAUGAAGAUAACCCCAAAGCUCCAAUAGUGCUUUAUUUUCCAUUGAUAAACUCCAGCUUCAGAGAAUACAAGGCUCCAGGAGUGAAACGCACACCUGCAGAAAUGCGUGGAGGUGAAGUAAAGAUGAGCAAGGAUGGCUCACCUUAUGCAACCAAGCAUGUAACUUACUCUGAAGAAGAUUUUGACAAGCUGUUAAACUUAAGUGCUUACAACAUCCUCUGCAGCAAAGACCUGAUUUUACAGAGCAUCGAGAAGGCAGUUCUGAAGAGGCAAAAUGUUUGGCUUGAUAGAUCAAUUUAG